AGGAAGCGAGCGCGCGCGCGCGCGCGGCCGUCCGUCCACCGUGUGCGUGCGUGCGAGCGAGCGAUAUUCCGCCCGCCGUCGAGGUGAACGUCGUCGCGGCAAGUCAGCUGGGCGGCCCAGCGUCGCGCGGAUGCGCCCCUGUUGAGACUCGCGAGCGCCGACGACCCGCCGCGACGGACCACCGCCUCCCGGUGCCGGACAGCGGCCCAGCGCCGCGGACAUGGAGGACUACAAGUUUCUCUUCAAGGUCGUGCUCGUGGGCAACGCCGGCGUGGGCAAGACCUGCCUGGUGCGGCGGUUCACACAGGGCCUGUUUCCACCUGGACAAGGUGCGACGAUCGGAGUUGACUUUAUGAUUAAAACUGUCGAGGUGGAAAACGAAAAAGUCAAGUUGCAAAUCUGGGAUACUGCAGGUCAGGAAAGAUUUCGCUCCAUCACUCAAAGCUAUUAUAGAUCAGCGCACGCAUUGAUAUUAGUCUAUGAUAUUUCUUGUCAACCCACGUUCGAUUGUUUGCCAGAUUGGUUGAGGGAAAUCGAGGAGUAUGCGAGUAACAAAGUUCUUAGGAUAUUAGUAGGGAAUAAAAUUGAUCGGGAGGACAGAGAGAUACCGACGCACGUGGGGGAGGACUUUGCGCAGAGGCAUGGCAUGUACUUCUUAGAAACGUCCGCCAAAGAGGCGGAGAACGUAGAGAGAUUAUUUAUGGAGAUAGCAGCUGAACUUAUGGAGCAAGCACGCAGUAAGGAAUUACCUCGGUAUGAAACGAAUACAACUUCAAUAAACGGUAAAACGACGUCAAUCGGUGAUAGUAGCAAUUGCGGUUGUAGCAGACUCUCUUAAGUAAUUUUUGUAUGUUGUACCUUUUUUUAUAGACACGGUGAUUGAAAAUUGAGCGUAUCAAUAUUUGAUAAUUUAGGGAAACGUAUAAUACAUGUAUAUCUUUGAUACACAGUGUUAUUGUUUAGUGUUAUGAUAUUAUAUGCUACGUUGCUUUAUACUGUGUUGUAAGACUUAAAACAUAUUUAAAACGUGAAUUUAAAUAUGUCAAGCGCUCUAGCUUAUAGGACAUAAAAUUUUUAUAUAGAUAUAUAGCGCAAUUUUAUGCUCUAUUAUUCGCAUUUUAAUUUAAUUGACGUAACAUUGCUUCAUCUUAAAUUGUUUAAGCAUUUAUUUCCAUUUGUACAAUGGAAGUUUUAUUUAAUAUAAUUGUAGUAUUUUUUUUCUCUGUUACUUCGAAAGUACAAAUAGUUAUUAUCACAAAUGGAUUUUGGCGACUCGUCCAAAGUCUUAUUAGUAAUAACAAGAUUUUUACAACACGCCUACGAUGUAUAAAGUUAUUUCUAACGUGCAAUAUUUACAUGUGUUUAUCACGCUAUUUUGAAGACGGCAGCUCACAGUAUUCUCAUAACAGCAUGUUAAAAUUAAAGCAUCAAUGACAUUGUAACUCUGUAUACAAUAAUCAACGAGAAUAAUUUUUUACGUUAACGGAUUAUUUAUUAUGUAAUAAUCUAGAAAAGUGAUAACAAGAUAUCUAUGACAUUAUUAUAAAGUAUCUAGUAGCAUUUAUACGAUCAGAUCUGUUAUAUUUACUUCAUAUUUAUAAUUUAUAAAUUUUAAACGAUGAUGGUUGAGUAUUAAUUAUUCUGUAUACAUCUUGUAUAAUGUUAAAAUGUCUUUCUAGUCUUUUUCACACUUUUUUAAUACUUUAUAUACACCAAUAUACAUAACGUUACAAAUAAUAUGUAUUUUGUUAUAAAUUUCUUGUUGGCUGAAACUUUCUGAUUUUUUUGAAAAUAAUCCGUAGCUUAUUAGUAUUGGUUGUCGUUAUAGAUUGUUUCUCUUAUAGUAUGUGAGUUAUAUGAUUUCACUGAAUCAAACGUUCGCCUUUCUCACAGCAAAAGAACGAUUAAUUUAGAGCUCGGAAUUGUUGCAUAUCUAAUUUGUUUAUUCAUCUAUUAAUACUCAAUUAAAUUUGCAUAAAUUCUGCAAUUCUUAGACAAAUGCAUUACAAUGUAUAUGUUAAGCGUUAAUAUAAAAGUUGAUAUAUUUUACUUUAUCGAUACCUGCAGUUAAGAUCUUUUAGCACAGAUAAGUUUAUUGCAAACUAUUCAGUUUGAAAUUACUCCAAAGGUUUUAUGUUACGAAAACGUUUUGUUAUAAUUAUAUAAUGUAAGUUAUUAACAGUGCAUAAUAUAAAUCGCAACUUAUAAUAAAAACUAUAUUGGUCAAAAACAUAUAUAUCAAUUUUUUUUGUAUAAAAUUAACAUUGCAUUAGUGUAAUCAUAGAAAAUCAUAGGUAGAUUAGAAUGUAACAAUGCACGCGCUAUGCACGUGUCAUUUGUCCCCGGUUUAUAAUAGAUUUUGUCAAGAUUUAAACAUAAUAUAAUUAAUACAAAUUCAUAUCGUAUCACAAUAUGAAAAAUCAAUCAAAAUUUAUCACUUAAGUUACACACAAGAUUUAUAUUAAAUAUAUUUUCAUUAAAGACUUUUGCACAAAUUUUUCAAUACUUACGAGUUUCCGUAUUUUUGUACAAUGUUAUCUUAAUAGAAAUAUGUGCACCAAAUAUAAUCGUACUGCUACUUGUUCCAAAUUACGUAUAUCAAACAUAUAUAUAUUUUUUUUAAUGCAACAGCACGUGUCAAUAAUGUAUUUGUUACAGUACAAAUUCUAAGUGCUCUUUUAAAUUGUUUUUUUAAGGAGAUUAAAUUAUUUUAAAUAGUUUAGUUUAGAAGUUUCAUUAUAGUGCAUUUUUCCGUCAAAUAAUGAUCUUCAGUAGCAUUUAUAUACUUGAUAAGAGUACAAUUGUUACAAUUUUCUUACAAAUUACAAGUAUUAGACAUAAAGUGUUUUUUUCUUAUUAAUAAAACAACACAUAAAAUGA